AUCCACUAAUGUCACAUGUCACGUCAGAUGAUCUUAACAUUUCUAAAACUUUUUUAUUUUAUUUUCAGGGAAGUUGUGAGUCGCCUGGUUUACUCCAUGAUACAGUUCCUGCAGUCACAGCUGGAAGGAGGGACAGGUGGAGGAGGACUCUCUGAGGAAGGCACAGAGAGUGUUGAAGUUGCUAUACAGUGCCUUGAAACUGCCUAUGGUGUGUCUGCAGCACAGAGUGACCUCGCAGUAUCCAAGAGUCUCUUCCAAAUAUUUUCUGAAGCCAUCAAAGGAGAGCCUAUCCAUGAGAGUGCAAAAUGUACACUCUCCCAGAGAAUGGCAAGUGCUCCCAAAGAAGCCACCCCAGAAGAAAAAGCUGAGGCCGAACAGCUCAAGAAUGAAGGCAACCAACUUAUGAGGGAUGAAAAGUUUACUGAAGCUCUAGAUUGUUAUACCAAAGCUAUUAGUAAGGACUGUUUGAAUGCUGUCUACUACUGCAAUAGAGCAGCUGCUCACAGUAAAUUAAACAACCACCGAGAAGCAAUUGAGGACUGCAAGCGAGCACUAGAAAUAGAGCCACAGUACAGUAAAGCCUAUGGCAGAAUGGGGUAAGGCUUCCUUCCUUCCUUG